AUGAGCCCACAUCUCCUCAUAAAAUCUGGUAAAACAUCUAAGUCACUUCCUUUCUUCCAUUCAUUGUUUCAAAUUCCAUCUACUUAUGUCGAAUCAUCAUCCCCAGCUCCAGUUUCACCAAGCAAUCGUGUAUCCUUGGAUUGUGACUCACUUGAGGACGAUGAACAAGCAGACAUACCUUCCAGUGAAGGGCUGAUAGUUGAUGAUGAGCCAAACGACAUGUUAAUUUUCGUAUACUCCAAAGCAUCUAUGAGGAAAUUUAGCAUUGAUCUUGAUGACUACUCUCCCUCACCUCAAAAAGAGUCUCAAAAACAUGAUGAUACUCAAGAAGCUAAGUUCCCUUGUUUUCCACCAGAUCCUCCUCAGGACAAUGGUACUUCAACAGAUACAAAUGUAGCAAAUACAUCUGAACCAGAGCCUGAGCGUAUUAGACUAACUGCUCAGAUGGUAGCUGACGACAUUGAGGAAAUCCGUUUUCAUACAUCUUCUCAUUUUGAAUAUCUAGACAAGUUUCAAGGAUAUCUUGAACGCAUGGCAGAUAACAUGUGUAUCCUAAAUGAGACAAUAGAAGCACAGAAAGAUAAUAACUCCUCAGGUGACAUAUAUUCUCUUCAGAAAACUGUUCAGCUGCUAGUCAAUGGAAUCAAGGCUAUCAAGACAUACUCUUCUUCUUAUAUACGUGAAAUUCAACAAAACGUUGCCUCGACAGAUUCCAAGCUAGACUUGAUCUUGGCAAAAUUAUAUGGUUCAAAUGAUAGACCACCUGAACCAGAGGGGGAAAAGGUCAACAAGUCCAUAUCAAAUCAGUCUCCUAUCAUACAUCAAAUUCUAGACUCACCAAAUGAGUUUGAGAAAAGGAGACCAGAGAAAUUAGAAUCACUCGACAAAAUGGCUGCUGAUGCAAGAUUAAAAGCUCAAAAGAACAAAGCAAAGAUGGCAGAAACAGAAAAGGAACUCAUUCGAAAAAAAGGGAUUAAGGAUCCAACUUUAAAAGUUCCAAGAAGGAAAGAUAUUUACAUCACAAAAAUUAUUACCAUAUCAGAACCAAUCACCCAACCAAAGCUUCCUCAAACUGAUCCUAAGGGAAGAGGAAAACAUAAGGUUGUCUUCAAGUUGAAGAAGGAGUUAGCCAAAAAGGCUAAACAAAAGGUAGAUGAAGAUUUGGAAAAGGAUCUUCACGCAAAACAAUUAAAGGAUAAUCAAGAGGUGCUUCUUGAAAAGAAAUUUUCAGAGGUCUCUCCUUAA